AUGAACGCCGUGGAUGCGACAGAGCACUAUGAGACGAGUGCACGCGAUCCUGCGCCCGCCCUUCUAACCCUCAUCCUCGACACGAACCCCCACGCAUGGGCCCUCCUCGAAGAUUCCCUCCCGCUCUCCAAGGCGAUCGCAAACAUCCUAGUUUUCCUCAAUGCCCAUCUAGCCUGUAACUACGCAAACGAGGUGGCCGUGGUAGCUUCCCACAGCCAAAAGGCGGCGUGGCUGUAUCCCCGCGAGAACCCAGCCACGAAGACAUACCAAGAUGCCGACGGCGACGUCUCGAUGAACGGGUCGUCGACCAAUAAUAAUACCACCGAAGGACCGGGACAGGUGAACAAAUACCGACCGUUCCGGAUCGUGGAGGAGCAAGUUACGCACAAUCUACGUGAACUGAUGGCGUCGACCAGCGGCGCGGACGUGAAAGCUACCAACUCGACGAUGAUGGCAGGGGCGCUUACGCUGGCUCUUAGUCAUAUUAACCGGCGGAGUAUUGCGUGGGCUGAGGCCCAUGGGGCUGAUACGGCUGCUGAGACGUCGGGCGGUGGUCCAUCUAGUGGUGGACAUAUGUCUGGGACGGACACUGCGGAAGGGUUGCAGUCGCGGAUCUUGAUCAUAUCCGUCAGUGGCGCCAGUGAUUCUGCGCAUCAGUAUAUACCGAUUAUGAAUAGUAUUUUUGCCUGUCAGCGGCUUCAUAUUCCGAUUGAUGUGUGCAAACUGAGUGGGGAUGCGGUGUUUCUGCAGCAGGCUUCGGAUGCUACUAAGGGGGUCUAUAUGUCGUUGACUGAGCCUCGGGGGCUAUUGCAGUACCUGAUGAUGGCUUUUUUGCCAGACCAGCGAUCGAGGAGACAUCUGGUUCUUCCGACGCGAGUCGAUGUUGACUUCCGUGCGGCUUGCUUCUGUCAUCGACGGGUUGUCGAUAUUGGCUUUGUCUGUUCUAUCUGUCUGAGCAUCUUCUGCGAGCCUCCGGAGAACGGCAACUGCCUGACCUGCGGCACAAACCUUGAAAUGGGUGACUACGGGGCUAAGCCAGCCGUGGUCACGCGAAAGAGGAAGAAGAAGAAGCGCGUGAACGGUCCGUCGGGCACAGCUACACCUACGCCUACGCCUACACCGGGGCCCUGA